UCCCCCUACUUAAAUUUAUGGUAUGCACCACAGCCCCUCAAAUUUUAUUUUAUGUCUAACCAUUUCGCCUUUGUUUACAUUAUAUGUUUUGUAACCAAUGUUUUCUUAACUAUUAUCUAAUGUUGUAAGAAAAGUUGAAUACACAGGAGCCAGCUGGUCCGCCCACAGUGUUCUCACAUCAACCAAGAACUAAUUGGUGAUGUCCGCCACACAGCAACCCGUAAACGUAAAAACCCUUCAGAUGACAUCGAACGCCUAAAUAAAAAGCCGCAUUUCCUCGAAGCUCUCCCUCACCCGAAGACAAGAGACUGUGCAGUGUGCUCUAAUAGGAAAGUAAAGGGACAGAGAAAAGAGUCCAAAUAUUAUUGUAAAACUUGCAGUAAAAAACCUGGGCUUUGCCCGGCAGGUUGCUUCGAAAUGUACCACACAAUGAACAAAUACCGCUAAAUUCUUGUAAAAAUAAAAUUUUUUUGCCAUAAAUAAUCUUUCAUUUUGAUAUAAAAAACCUCCGACAAAAAAAAACCCAAUUAAAAAGCUCAAAGCUGGAGAGAACCAGCUUAGGAUAGGAGUAGGCAAAAUAAGCCUUGAAAAUGGCAAAAAGUACGUACAGUAACUGGGGAGGUUAGGCAAAAAUUUCGAAGAGUGCAAAGGGUUAAUACGGGAAUUAAAAGAUUCCGGAGCCAGCGUCACAGAGAACGAAGUCGUCAGUUACCUCUUAUUGUCUUUACCUGAAAGUUAUGAUUCAAUUUUGACUGCAUUGGAAACAGUUGACGAGGAAAAAUUAAAUUUAUCUGUUGUCAAAGAAAAACACCUUAAUUUCGAACUAAAAAUGUCAGAGACAAAUGGACCUUCCUGUUCGAGAGAGGCGGCUUUUCAAAGUAAAGGAAACGUGUACAAAUGUGGUUUUUGCAAGAAAAAAGGUCACAAAUGGGCGGAUUGCUACCUAAGGAAAAACUCAUCAACGUCAUCAAAACAUGAACACCACGUACAUCUUUAUCAAGAUGGAUCAACGUUGAUAGAACAUUCAUCUGAUAUAGAAGAUCAAGCCAGCGACUCCAGUCAAGAUGUAGCGUUCACUUCAUCUGUUGGUGCGUUCAACAAUGAGGAAGAAAUGGGCAUGACGUGGAUUCUCGAUUCUGGGGCUACAGAACAUUUGUGCAAUGAUGAAAGGUGGUUUACAACUUUGGAAAAACUGGAUCCUCCCAUCUCAAUUGCAAUUGCGAAGGAUGAUCAAACUUUGUCUGCAUCUCACAUUGGCACAAUUUCUGUUACACUUGAUACUGGAAAGACACAAACAAUACUACAAACGGAUGGAGGAGAGGCUGUGGGAGAUUCUCUCCCAGGUUCACGUCCCCUUAAGUCUUUUUCGACAGUCGGCCAGGUGACUGAUAAUUCCAAAUUAAUUCAUCAAGUGUUUGAGAGUGUUAAAGACGAUGCCACAAGAAUACGAUUAAUCACUGCACUAAUGGCUGAAAAGGGCCGAACCUAUGCUGCACAGGCCAACGUUAUCGAGAAGAUGACAGGAGACAUAAGAGAGCUCCAACUGGAGAAGCGGAAAUUACAUGACGAACUGUCCAUCGUAUUGGCGGCAACCAUAGUGGAAGAAUUUGAAAAAGAGUUUGGAAAAAAUUCGAAAGGACUGACAAGAAGACAGAAAUUCACAGAAAUUCUAGAAAUGAAGGAGGAAAAACCUAUUGCGUACUUAGUAGAAAAAAGUAAAGACAAAGGUCUUAGGUUAGGUUAGGUUAGGUUAGGUUACUAAGGCAAACUUAGUAGAUGUUCUACUAGCAAUAAUGAAUUUUAGAAAUGCUCAGAUCCAUAAGAAAAUCCUAGAAAAUAAUUUUGGAAAGUUUGGAAUAUGUGCGAGACAAGGAAACAGCAUUUCAAAUGUUUGAGGCUUUGAAGAAUAAGUUCGAAAAGAAGGGUAUUCUGUCUCAGACUUAUUGUAGGAAGAAA